AGCAGCAGACGCUCAGUGCUGCUCUCAGUGUGCGGAGCGGAGGAGGACGGACGGCACACACGGCUGGAGUUAUGCCUCAGCUCCGGGAAUACAUAUCUCCCCUCUUUCUGUUGCGUGCGCCGGUUUUUCCUCUUCUAUCCCCCUUUCGAGUUCACUUUUACCCGUUACGUUUCCUUUGGAGAAAAGGAUAAGGAAAACCGGUCGUGCGUCAUGGUGCGACUUUGCGCAUUAUAUCUGGAUCUUUAAAAAAAAAAAAAAAAAAAAAAAAGACAAGAUAAAGUGAUUGUUUAUUUGUUUUUGUUUUUGUUUUUUUUUGCCUUGGACUAAAAUGAAGCGCUUUUUCUGCGUGGAGGGGAUGACAGACAGCGUUUCGCAGCAGCCAGUGUCUGUGUGUGAAUAUUUGGCUGCAGCUGCUGCUGAUCUGCGUGAAGCCAGUGAAUAAAUCGGCGCACUGUGGAAGGAAAAGGGGGUUGCAGCUGGCGCUGCAAAGUUAAAUGCUGGAUCUAUAUCACAGCGACCAUUUUUGGCUGUAAAAAUGCUGAGCGGCGUCCUCUUUCUGAGCGUCCUCACGGUCACCAGCCUGACACCGUCCGAAACGGAGAGCCGCAAAACUUCAGCCUCCAAAGACAUCUGCAAAACCCGCUGCGCCUGCGAGGAGCGGGAGAACAUACUCAACAUCAACUGUGAGAAUAAAGGAUUUACAACCGUCAGUCAGUUCCAAGCGCCCCCAAAUAAAAUCUCCCAGCUUUUUCUAAAUGGGAACUUCCUAUCGAGGCUCAGCGCCAAUGAAUUUGUCAGUUAUGGCAAUGUCACCUCACUGCAUCUGGGAAAUAAUGGCUUACAAGAGAUCCGGACUGGAGCCUUUAAUGGGCUUCGGUUCCUGAAGCGACUCCACUUGAACAACAACAACCUGGAGGUGAUUAAAGAGGACACCUUUGCAGGACUAGAGAGUUUGGAGUAUUUACAGGCAGACUAUAAUUACAUCAGCACCAUAGAACCUGGUGCGUUCAGUAAACUCAAUAAGCUCAAAGUGUUAAUCCUCAAUGACAACCUACUGUUGUCUUUGCCUCCCAAUAUUUUCCGUUUCGUGCUCCUCACCCACUUGGAUUUACGUGGCAACCGGCUGAAAAUGCUGCCGUUUGCAGGGGUUCUGGAGCACAUAGGUGGUAUUAUGGAAAUCCAAUUAGAGGAGAACCCGUGGAAUUGCACCUGUGAUCUGAUUCCCCUCAAAUCUUGGCUGGAUACCAUCUCAGUGUUCGUGGGGGACAUAGUGUGUGAGACACCGUUCAGGCUGCACGGUAAAGACAUCACCCAGCUCAUAAAGCAGGAUCUGUGCCCACGCAGAAACGCCGGGGAGCGCGUCCACCCCCCAUCUGAUUCCCACUUUCAAGGGGCCCUACCCCCGACCUAUCACCCCGGCAUGAUCACCCCCACCCGUGCACCCAAAGCUUCCCGUCCUCCCAAAAUGCGCUACAGACCCACCCCUAGAAUCAACAAGGACAAGCAUGUCUUCGGGCCCAUAAUGGUUUACCAGACGCGCUCCCCCGUGCCCAUGUUGUGUCCCAGUGUGUGUGUGUGCACGUCACAAAACCCCGACAGUGGAUUGAACAUCAACUGCCAAGAGCGGAAGUUGCAUAACAUCAGCGAGCUGAACCCCAAGCCCUCAUAUCCCAAAAAACUGCACCUGACCGGUAACUAUUUACAAGUGAUCUAUAGAACGGAUCUCACUGAGUACAGUUCUCUGGAGCUGCUGCAUUUAGGGAAUAACAGGAUAGCUGUGAUUCAGGAAGGUGCGUUUGAAAACCUCACCAAUCUCAGGAGGCUUUACCUGAAUGGGAAUUACAUCGAAUCGCUUUCACAAUCACUUUUUGCGGGCCUGCAGUCGCUCCAGUAUCUGUAUUUGGAAUACAACAUCAUCAAAGACAUUUUACCACAGACAUUUAACUCUUUGCACAACCUUCAGCUGCUGUUUCUCAACAACAACCUGUUAAGAUCGCUCCCUGACAAUGUGUUCGGGGGCACCAUGCUAACGAGACUCAACCUGAGGAAUAAUCAUUUCUCGUAUCUGCCGGUUCGAGGUGUGCUGGACCAGCUCUCGGCGUUCAUCCAGAUAGACCUCCAGGAGAACCCCUGGGACUGCACCUGCGACAUCGUGGCACUCAAAAACUGGAUGGAGUUGUCCAGUACCAGCGUGGUGGUUAACGAAAUCACAUGCGACUCCCCCUCUAAGCACGCGGGUCGGCUGCUGCGCUCGCUUCGCAAUGAGGCCAUCUGCCCCGAGCCCAGCGAGGUCCCCCCUCCACAGCACGCCCCCCCUACGAAAGCCCCAACAUUAAUAAGCCCCGGUACUGAGCCCACUGCCCCCUCCUUCUCCUCUUCCUCUUCUUCUUCUUCUUCUUCAUCUUCCUCCUCUUCUGCCUCUUCUUCAUCUUCACCUUCUUCUUCUUACAGCUCAGUCAGUCCCACUGAAUCCAGAAUCCACACCCCCGAAUUGCACCCUGAGGUUCCACUCUCCGUCCUGAUUCUUGGGCUUCUAGUUGUUUUCAUCCUUUCCGUCUGUUUCGGAGCAGGCCUCUUUGUUUUUGUUCUGAAACGGCGCAAAGGGGUGGAGCACGUCCCCACAGGCGCCAACAACUUAGAUCUCAACUCUUUUCAAGUGCAAUACGGCUCCUACAAUCCUGAACCCACCCAAGAUAAAACAUCUGAAAGCCAUGUUUAUAACUACAUCCCCCCACCUGUGGGCUCCAUGUGCCAAAACCCCAUUUACAUGCAGAAGGAUGGCGAACAGGUGGCGUAUUACCGUAACCUGAAGGAGCUCAGCUUUGGGCCCCUGGAUGUAAAAAAGGAUGACAUCCUCACCCGUAGUCCAGGGGCCUACACCAUCAGCACAGUGGAUUUUAUGGAUAAAUCACCAACAUCGUGCAGUUUGACCACCCCAGAGCCCCCGGAGAUGUUGUAUCAAAACAUAGGGGAGAGGCCAAACAAAGAAUUACCCACAGGUGCAGGUGCCCCUCCUUUCACUUACAACUUUUGCACUUUACCUAAGAGACCUUGCAUCGUGCCCCCCUACGAGGCUGCGACAGCCCGGCGGCAUAUCACCAACCAGGACCGGUUGAACAAAACUGUACUGUACGGGACCCCCAGGAAAUACUACGGGGCUGAAAACCCUUCCAAAAACAAUGAGCACCCACUGCUGCUCCCUGGGAAGCUAAAAACAGAACCAGAUUACCUGGAGGUUCUGGAGAAACAGACUGCGAUGAGCCAACUGUAAGAUAGCGACACUGGCCCCCCCCAGGUUCUGUGCAGCAUUCAUAAUAAUCACGCAGUUACUGUAAUAAUAGCCCUCUCUAUAUAUCUAUCUUAUCUAUCUGUGUUCAAUCGUCCAUGAUUGACUGGAAGUGAACCGACGCCUUUGAUGAUUUUUCUUUCUCUCCUCCUUUUCUUCUCCUUUUUUUCCUUUUCAAGAUGUAUAAAAGGAUUAUAAGAAGUAUAUUAUUAUGCAGUUCUAUUUUUUCUCCUGGAAAGUAUAAAUUAUUUCUUCAUUUUUGAAAAAAAUGAAAUUCUAAAAGACUCUUGAUGAUGGCAGGUAAUAUAAUGGGCAGGACUGUGUACAAAUACGGCUUUGUGCUUUUCAUAAAACUGUAUUUUUUUUUUUUUUCCCUGUGAAAAACCUGAAAAAGUAUGAAAUAAUUAUUCUUUGUAGAAGAGGAGAUGCAGCAGAUUGACAUUCCUGUACAUACUUAGCCUCCACAGGUAAAUGGUGAGUGUUAAACCAUAAACAAAAACCUUUCCAAACCCAACAAGCGGCAAAAUCUUACUCCAGAAAGUGCCUUUGCACUCAACUAUUUUAUCAACAAAUGCUCUCUGCAAAAUGGAAAUGUUCAUUUCUUUUUUGAAAGUGCUGUAUUUUAAAGAAUCAAAUCUUUAUGUAAAAUAGAAGACUUAUUUGUCUGUUUAAAAAGAAAAAAAGUGAGAAAAAAAAAAAAAAGAACUUGAGACUGGGUGUGAAAUGAUCUAUGGGUUCUUGACAGGGAGAAUCAUGUUAUUUUGCUUUCAAUAUAAGUGUCUUUGGAGAUGUACAACUUAUAGAGAACAUUGUAUGCUAUAGGGGAGCAAUACAGCGCGGCGAAAUUGCGCCAUUAAAUUUUCACUGAAGCACUUUGUCAAGA